AUGUCUCCUUACUUCUCGCUUUGCAAGAAAGCAAUGAUUCGUUCGAAAGAAUUUGAAUUUUACUACAAACAGGACGCGAGCCAUGGGGCCAUUCUGAAGAUUGCCGAAAAGGCGAUAGCUGCUAACAGGAUCUAUGUCACUCUUGAUGUCGCCAUAGAACUUUGCGAACGACUGGAAUUACUGGAACAACUUUAUCAAGAGUUCAGACCCCUACCGGAGAAUGGGCAGCUCGGCUACCAGGAGAUUGUGGAACCGGAAUCGACAUACCAAUUGGAAUUAAGCGUCCGUAGACAUCGACAAAAUUUGCAGAUUACGCAGAGCAAAAAGAGAUUGACGCGCGGGCCACCUGAUAACAUUAACGUACCGGACAUGAGCGAUUUCCGUCAAGAACUGGUUGAGCUGGUGGAAAACUUGUCAAUCCAUUGUUUUGAACUAGGUGUUGAAACGGAUGAAUCCGGACUGUCGAAGAUGGUUCGAGGUAAUCGGAUCGCUGUUAUCUAUUGCCCUGUCCGUCCGUGGCCAUGGACACAUUCAUAUCAAAGGCAGCAACUUCUCCUUGAUCCGCAGUUAGUUGGACUGAUCCUUUUCGACCGUAACGUUCACAGAAUUCGUCACUACUGCGAGCGUGUCUAUCCUGAUUUGAUGGUGGAUGCUUAUGUAGACAUUGACUACGAUUACGACGAAUGGAGUGUCUUUUACGAAAACCUGAAAGUCCGCUGGAUUCGUCGCGGUCAACAAUUCCGCAUCAACGAACGACCUGGAACACUGUCUCUGAAACACGAAGAUCAAUGGUUUACUGCAUAA